UCCAUCUCCAAGCAGAAUUUCAAGUGGCCGUACGGAGCAGAAAGCUCACAGUGACGUGCGGUGAAUUUUGUCGAAGAGAUCAUGAUAGGACUCAGAAAUCCCUUUAUUCUAAGUUUUGUUUUGGCUUCAGAAAGAAAAUAAAGAGCUACCUUCAGUAUUUGGUCCAAGCACUAAAAUUAAUGCUCUGCUUUACCAGCUCAACUUGCACCACAGAGAACCUGAAAUAUAGAGGUGAAGUUUAUAAAUUAGUGCCGUUGAUGCAAAGGAACAAGUAUUGAAGGUGAUGAAGAAAUGUUGGACUAGCCCUGGAGAUGCCGAAGAGACGAGACAUCCUCGCAAUUGUGUUGAUUGUUUUACCAUGGACGCUGCUUAUUACCGUCUGGCACCAGAACACUGUUUCACCACUGCUGACACUGCGAAAAGACGAUGGGAGUGAGGUUGGCAACCGUCGAGAUUUUGGUCAGUCAUCAGACUCCAAGGAAUAUUGCCCAUCAGAUAAGGAUAUUGUGGAGGUGAUCAGGACAGAGUAUGUUUACACUCGACCUCCUCCAUGGUCAGACAUCCUCCCCACAAUUCACGUCAUCACUCCAACUUACAGUAGACCUGUACAGAAGGCAGAACUGACGCGAGUUGCUAACACCCUGCUUCACGUGCCCAACCUUCACUGGAUAGUUGUGGAGGAUUCACAGAGAAGAACCACACUGGUGACCCGACUCCUCAAGGAGACGGGCCUUAACUACACACACUUGAAUGUAGAGACACCGCGCAGUUACAAGCUGAGAGGGGACAUUCGGGAUCCUCGAUUUCCACGUGGUACCAUGCAGAGAAACCUGGCACUGAGGUGGUUGCGGGAAAUGUUCAAUUUGAACAACACCCAACAAGGAAUCGUAUAUUUUGCUGAUGACGACAAUACGUACAGUUUAGAGUUGUUUGAGGAGAUGCGCACUACAAGGAAAGUCUCAGUCUGGCCUGUUGCCUUUGUAGGCGGACUCCGCUAUGAAUCUCCAAAAGUAAAUGCAGCAGGAAAGGUUUAUGGAUGGAAAACAGUGUUUGACCCGCACAGACCCUUUGCCAUAGAUAUGGCAGGGUUUGCAAUAAAUCUCCGAUUAAUUCUGCAGAGACCUCAAGCUUACUUUAAGCUGCGUGGAGUCAAGGGAGGUUAUCAAGAAAGUAGUCUCCUUCGAGAGUUGGUGACACUAAAUGACCUGGAACCUAAAGCAGCCAAUUGCACUAAGAUAUUAGCAUGGCAUACACGGACUGAGAAACCUGUACUGGUGAAUGAAGGGAAAAAAGGUUUCACGGAUCCAAAUGUUGAAAUAUAAAUGCACAGAUGAAUUGACCUUAAAUCAGGCUAAAAUCUGAUUGCCCCAUUCCUUCAUCACACAUACAAUGGAUUUAAUGGUAGUGGUUUACUUUUAGCAAAAGCAAAAAUUUUAGAUGAUGUACCUAACGUAACUGGACAAAGAAUAAUUAAACUGAAAAAAAAGCACAGAGGAGAUCCUUGAGAAAUGAUCUGUAAUAAUUGAAGUGUGGACUGCGACGUGUGAUUUCACUAGGCAAGGCUCUAUGACAUAUGACCAAGGAUGCUAGAUUCCUUUGUAUGUGUGAGUAUAUCCCUGUAAAGUUGGCUCUGUUGCAAUGUGUUCUGUUGCAUGGGAAGGAUGCAUGCACUCAGUGUGAAUUCCAAACCAGAAAUAAACACCAGCCUUAAAAGGCUCCCACAAAGUACAGAAAAACUGUGAAGAAGACUGGCUUGUAGGAGUGACUUCUACAAGAAAUCCUUUCUGCCAUUAACCUGAGGAUACUUAAAAGAAUGGAAUGUUCUGGUUUACAUACCUCGUGAGCCUGUUACUGUUUGUUUAUUCUUUACAUGUGUACGUAUUGUAUUCCACCUUCAUUCAGACCAUGUGAAAUUGGACUCAAAGUUUCCACGAGGUGUGUAAAGUUGUCAAACUGUAGUGUUCAUCUCCUUUUAGCAAGGGCUCCUUUGAGUCUUGGUAACUUAUCAGUCACCACAACUUUAGUGAAAAAAAACACAUCUUAUUUCUUCAUCUUGCUCCAAGUAGUGCAUUAUGCAUAUUCAGAGGGCUACUGCAUUGAGAAGUGCAUAUACGAACCUUGAUAAUUUGUGUUAGCUGAGGAGAAAAUGGGUACUGAAAAAAUAAAUCUGUGACUCAAGUCAGUCAUCAAGGAAGGCUAGUUCAAUGGAAUGCAACAAAGAUGCCUCCUUUACAGCUGAAGGUUAUGCUUAAUAGAAAUGACAAAUGUACAAAUACCUAAAGUUAUGUCAUUUAAGUGCCCCCACCUCGUAUGAUAUGACCACACUUUUACUGCUAUGGUUGCCAGUCUCCCUGCGAUUUUUAGUAAGAAGAUACGAUCCAGAUUUAGUGAUAUCUAGUCUUUUAUAGGUUAAUGUGCACAAAACAAGAUUUUAGCAGAUUCAGCAUGAUUAUAUCUCCUGAAUAUAUCGUUGGAUGGGUGAUAUUGGAAUUGCAAAGGUCAUUCUGCUUCAGGAUAAAUUGAUUCUAAUCUUGGUGUAUAGUAUGCAUUACCUUCUUUGCAAAAAAGAAUGCAGAGAGCAUCUAACCUAUAAUUUAAUACCUGAAAAUAUGCUUGAAACAGGAAAGCAAUUAGAAAGGUCAAUUUCUCAAGAAAUUAUACCAAUUUGCAGAUAGCAAGCGUCUAAUUAUUUGUCCCACCUAAAAAUUACCCUCCAAUUUCUCUUAUGAUGCUUACUGAUUAGGGCAUGAUUUCUAUUUCUGUUCACAGUUUAUAUUACUAUGGUGCACCUAAAUUAGAGGUUGAAUAUCAAUGAGAGACAGUUUUCCAUACCUUUCUUACAGAUCCUAAUGGUUCCAUGAGUGAAAUAUCACAGCAAUAGUUUAUUCAGUUUCCUUUCCCUCUCCUCCUCAUUCAGGGGAGAACAUCUGGUCCAAUAAACUCUUAUUCAAAGUUGUUAACAUCACUGCAUCUGUUAUCUGCCUGUCCUUCAGUAACUAUUGGGUAUCUGGUGGAAUUGGCCUCACAAAAUGUAUGUCAGAAUGUUCACUCAAGAGAUCAUGAAAUGUUUAACUUAGAUGGCAUGCUGUAACAUUUUUGUGUGCAUUGAUCUAACAAUUUCAGUGUAGCAAUAAAAAGCUGGAAAUGCUGGAAAUGCAGAUCAGGCAGCAUCUGCGGAAGGAGAAACAGCUAACAUUAUGGUGAAGGACCUGGGAAAUUCUGUUUCUCUUUUGACAGAUGUUGCCUGAUCUGCUGAGUAUCUUUAGCAUUUUCUGUCUUUAAUUCACUGCCGUUAUUUGAUUUUCAUUAACUGUAUCAUAAAAGCUGUGCAGCAAACGAGUCCAAGUCAGAACCAUUGCAAAUCUGGUUGGAUCAAUUGUAUUGAAAAGUUUGGCUCAAACCCAUGAACUGGUGUGUUUUCUUGAAAAAGUAAAGAAUCUUAGCACCGUAUGAAAUAAGAACCACAAAGCAACAGGGUGCCAUAUUAGUUAACAGGUUAAUGGUUUAGUAUGAAAGUCCACUGAAAUCUGUGUUAACAGGAGCAGUAUCAUUAGCAAUAAUGCACAGUGCAGUUUUAAGUGUGUCAAGUCUUUUUGAUUUUCUUUGCCCUUUGUGUACCAAAAUCUAAGAAUCAAUUACUAUUAUUGACAUUUUAUUCAGUAAAUAAUAUAUUUUUUCUCCCAAUAGCAGAUUUCUUCCAUUCAUUUCAUGGCGGGGGGGGGGGGGUUGUAUUGAUUGUGACAUGUUUAAUUCAGCACUGGCUAAGUGUAAUCUCCCAGCCUGUUGGCUAGGUAGACUUGAGAUUCUCUCAUUGUCUCCUUCAACUCUAAAGGAGUCCACAGGUGCUGAAAGAGAUGAUGCUGACUUAGGCUCACACCACCUCUGGGCAACAGGACUUUCAUGUGGCAAGUUCUAUCAUUAGCACCUUAGUGGGAAUAGGGCAUCCAGACUUGUACAUUUGGAUGCAUUUCCAAGUUAACCAAUUAUUGUACAUUGUAAAUGAUAACAACUUACUCCCUUUAUAGAGUGCACAUAUCGAGGAUGUUUGUAUUCCAGUGUAAUCAGUCUGGAGCCCCAGACAAUUAAUAGACCCAUCCAAAUGUUACAUAUUACUGAUCAUUUCCUCUAUUGAUUUUAGCAAUUAGAAAACCAUGUGCCACCUGUAUUUCCAAUAUACAAUCCAGAAUCCUCACUAUAAUUACGGAACUUGGAAACAAUCUCUUAGAUUUUAAUUGUGAACCAGCUGUGGCUUGCCUUAAAAGAAAAUGUGCAGGACAAGAACUGAACUUGUUUUGGUUUCUAUGUCUUUGGCUGUCCAAGUAAAACCACUUACCUAGAUCUCAAAACACCAUGGUAAGAUUUCUCUGGAUUUUGAAAACAACUUACAAUUUAUAUUAGUGCCGAGUUUCUUGUGAGCAUUAAACCUUCCAAUGUCUACUUAGCAGAAAACCAUAGGUGAGGGCACAGUUGUAUGAAAACAACACAUUUUAAAUUAACUUGCUGGACUCCACUGUUAUAAUUUGGAUUAUAUGACAGCAAUAAGCUGGACGAACUCAGCAGCACACAAAAAUAUUUCAGCACAACCAUUUUGAUUCAAGAUUAUGGAUAUUUUAGCACCAAUAAAUCAUCAAAGUACAUUCCUCCUCCCCCCCCAAAAAAAACAAGAUACCUCAGCUUAUUCAGUCAUUGUAGCAAAUAAGUAGGUGCUACUGUAACCUUGGACUUCAUUGCUUUUGUGAAAUCUUGUAGACUUUUCACUUUGGUGUUUCCUCCCAUACCCAAAGACGUGCGUUGCCAGACUACGGACCCACAAGAGAACACAGAUGCUGGAAUUUGGAACAAAAAGCCUCCAGCAGUUUUUAUUUUUGCCUAGGUUAGUAUGCUAAUUGACCUGGAGAUUGUACCUGGUGUAGAGGUAAGUGGUAAAAUCUGUGAAAAUUGACAGGAAUGUGGAAAGAAUAAAAUGGUUUGAGUGUGGAAUUAGUGUAUGUGGGUGCUUUAUCGUUAGUGUGGAUCCGUUGAGCUCAAGGGCCUAAUUAGGCUUUUCAGUUUUAUAACUCAAGUACGUGGUAGGUCACGCAGGAUGUCUGAACAGAAAAUCGUUACUAUUUCAGACUGCUGACCUUUAAUCAGAACCUUGCUGAAAAACGUAGAGGAUCAGAGAUGUUCCAAAGUAAUACUGAAAACAUGGCAACAGAUAAAAUUGAGCAGAGAGGUGGUAUCAGAGUAAAGUGGAACACAGAAUGCAAUUGUACAAGAAUUCAACAGUUGAAGUAUGUGAUUUCUGAUGGCCAAGAGGAAGAACAAAAACUUUCUGUUGAAGGACCCAAGACUGAGAAGGAUAAAGGGAACUAUGGGUUAGAACGACUCUGAGAGAGAGCUGAUCAGGGUUGUUGGGGUGCGGACAAGACCACGCAUGGGCAUUACGUAUGGAUCUCAGGAUGUAAAGGGAAUAGCAAUUCAAGAAAUUAUAUCCUUCAACAAUAAAGUGUAAUCAUUGGUGGAUCCAAUCCUUAGAGAUGGAAUUUCAUUUGUAAGACUGUGGAAUAACAGAGUCGGAGACAAUUUUUAAGAAAACACACAUAGGUACAUGAGCGAACUUUGGUCAACAGUUUAUCGGAAACAAGAAUGGAAACCAAUAAAGGUGAACACAGUAAAGAAAACAAAUGGAAAUUCCAUCAAACAAAGCAGCAAACCAUCUUCGUGGUGGACAUUCAUUCCUGGAAGAAAAGCAGCAGUGAAUUUAACAGCAAUUAGUUCUGAUGAAGGGCCAUCAGACGUAUCGAGUAUUCCUCUUCUCCAUGGACCUGUUGAUUAUUUCCAGCAUUUGUAUUUCAGCAACUGAAGUUACUUUGGACUUUAAGUAGCUUUUUAAAUUAAUUGCGUCCUUUCAAGGAUAAUGCAAGAGAAAGGAAAGUCAUCACUAGGAAUUUUAUAAGAAAUACACUAUAUACAUUAAGCAAACUUUCUUAACAUAUUCCCAUUAUACUAGAAAACAUUACAUUGUACAUUGUUCCUUGUUAAAUGAAUUGGGUCAUAUCAAGGUUCUGCUGUACAAAAGUAAUUGCUUCUACAAACCCCAUUUCCAGAAAAGUUAGGAUAUUUUCCAAAAUGCAAUAAAAACAAAAAUCUGU